ACGCACUCAUCAUGAACGCCAAGCUGGUCGUCCUCCUGGCUGUGGCCGCCGCCGCCUCCGCCGCCCGGCCAAACUACAACUUCCAGUAUGCAGUGCAGGACUCCGACUCCCGCAACAACUUCGGCCACGAGGAGACCCGCCAGCUGGAGAACACCAACGGCCGCUACUUCGCGCAGCUCCCCGACGGCCGCCUGCAGCAGGUGAACUACCGCGUGGACGGAAACAGCGGCUUCCUGGCCGAGGUCACCUACGACGGCGAGGCGCGCUUCCCCGACUCCGACGAGUCCUUCGAGUCUCGCGGAAGGCGCGUCUUCAGCGCCCCUAGCUCCUCCAGGUCCAGCUCCUCCUCCAGCCGCUUCGGCAGCAGCAGCGGCAGCAGCGGCUUCGGCAGCAGCAGCGGCAGGAGCGGUUUCGGCAGCAGCAGCAGCAGCUUCGGCAGGAGCGGCAGCAGCAGCAGUAGCUUCGGCAGGAGCGGCGGCAGCAGCGGCUUCGGCAGCAGCAGCGGCAGAAGCGGUUUCGGCAGCAGCAGCAGCAGCUUCGGCAGGAGCGGCAGCAGCAGCGGCAGCUUCGGCAGGAGCGGCAGCAGCAGCAGCAGCUUCGGCAGGAGCGGCGGCAGCAGCAGCUUCGGCAGGAGCGGUGGCAGCAGCAGCAGCAGCUUUGGCAGCGGCAGGAGCGGCAGCGGCAGGAGUGGCAGCAGCGGCACCUCUUUCUUCAGCCUAGACUCCCGCGAGUUCCCCUUCGCCUCCCGCGAGUCUCGCGAGCACCGCUUCGACUCUUCCGACCGCUUCGACUCCCGCGAGGACCGCUUCGACUCCCGCUUCGACUCCCGCGAGGACCGCUUCCCCUUCGCCUCCCGCGAGUCCCGCGAGUUCGCGGUUCCCAGGAACCCCUUCGUCAGAGCUGCCUCACGGGGAUACCGCUACGACUAGACAUGUCCCACCCAGCCCGCCACGCCCUGCCCACGCUGACGACCGCCCACGUCCACACCCACACCCUUCACACCAUUAUUUAUUGACAUUACCCAUUACCUAUUUAUUCUCUAUGUAACGUGAAUGUGUCCAUUAAAUUGAAGGCAAAUGUA